UGCGUGCGCUGGGCGCCGGGACUCGCCUCGGCUGCUCCCCGACUUUGCGGCGGACGAUCGGUCCGGGACACGCCGCCUGCGAGGAAAUUUGAAACUUGCAGAGAGGGAUUUUAAGGCCACUUCUGACUUGCUAAGUUCACCUUCGAGCUGAAAAACCAAGAGCUGCCGUGACUGGAGGGGACCCCCUUUUGGAGAAAUGGCAGCGACAGCCCACCGUGUGAUCGCCAUGCUUGCCCUGACCAGCUGGUUGGCUGCUGCAGGUCCAGAGCCCAGCACCUGGUGUGAACAGUCGCCCAUCGGUGCCUCUCAUCCUGUCCAGGCCUUGAUGGAGAGCUUCACCGUUCUGUCUGGCUGUGCCAGCAGGGGCACAACUGGGCUGCCCCAGGAGGUUCACAUCCUAAACCUCCGCAUUGCAGACCAGGGGGCGGCCCAGCCACAGAGGGAGGUUACGCUGCAUCUGAACCCCAUUUCCACAGUGCACAUUCACCACAAGCCUGUUGUGUUCCUGCUCAACUCUCCGCAGCCCCUGGUCUGGCACGUGAAGGCAGAGAGACUGGCCACCAGUGUCCCAAGAGUUUUCUUGGUGUCGCAGGGUUCUGUGGUCAAGUUUCCAUCACAAAACUUCUCCUCAACAGCGGAAACAGAAGAGAGGAGCUUCCCUCAAGGGAAUGAGCACCUGCUAGACUGGGCCCGGAAGGAGUAUGGAGCAGUGACGUCAUUCACUGAAGUCAAGAUGGCGAGAAACAUCUACAUUAAACUGGGGGAAGAUCAAAUGUUCCCUCCUACAUGCAGCAUAGGGAAGAAUUUCCUCUCCCUCAAUUACCUUGCCGGGUACCUUCAACCCAAACCAGCUGAAGGCUGUAUCCUGUCUAGUCAGCCCCAGGAGAAGGAAGUGCACAUCAUUGAGUUAAUCACCCCCAACUCGAACAGCAACUUACAGGUGGAUAUAAUCAUUGACAUACGACCUGUUCGAGAGGGCUCUGAGGUGGUCAAAGACCUUGUCCUGAUCUUGAAGUGCAAAAAGGCCGUCAACUGGGUGAUCAAAUCUUUUGACGUCAAGGGAAACCUGAAAGUUAUUGCUCCCAACAGUAUUGGCUUUGGAAAAGAGAGUGAAAGAUCCAUGACAAUGACCAGAUUGAUAAGAAAGGACAUCAAUUCCACCCAGGAGGAUCUGAUAAAGUGGGCACUGGACAAUGGCUAUAGUCCAGUGACGUCAUACACAAAGGCGCCUGUGGCCAACAGAUUUUAUGUUUGGUUGGAGAACAAUGAGGAGAUGAGAGACGAGGAAGUCCAUACCACUCCUCCAGAGCUGCAGAUCUUGCUGGGCCCUGGCUACCUGCCUACCCUGGACAACCCACCUAUCCGGGGAGGGGGCAGCCAACAUGGAGCUCUCCCCUUCCCUUUCCCGGAUAUCCUCAGGAGAGGCUGGAAGGAGGGAGAAGACAGGCUUCCCCUUCCCAAGGAUCCUGUCCUUCCCAGUGUUCCGCUGUUUCCCGACCACAGAGAGCCAGAAGAAGUACAGGGGAGUGUGGACAUUGCCGUGUCUGUCAAGUGUGACCGUGAGAAGAUGACCGUAGCUGUGGACAAAGAUUCUUUCCAGACCAAUGGCUUCUCAGGGAUGGAGCUCACCCUGUUGGAUUCUUCAUGCAAAGCCAAGAUGAAUGGUACCCACUUUGUUUUGGAGUCUCCCCUGAAUGGCUGUGGCACUCAGCACCGGCGGUCAGCUCCCGAUGGUGUGGUUUACUAUAACUCCAUUGUGAUACAGGUCCCAUCCUCCGGGGACAGCAGUGGCUGGCCAGAUGGCUUUGAAGACAUGGAGUCAGGUAACAAUGGAUUUCCAGGAGACGCGGAUGAGGAAGCCACCUCUCUGAGCCGAGCUGGAAUUGUGAUGUUUAACUGCAGUCUGCGGCAGCUGAGGAAUCCCAGUGGCUUCCAGGACCAGCUCGAUGGAAACAUCACCUUCAAUAUGGAGCUGUAUAACACAGACCUCUUCCUGGUGCCCUCCCCGGGGGUCUUCUCUGUGGCAGAGAAUGGACAUGUUUAUGUUGAGGUAUCUGUCACCAAGGCUGACCAAGAACUGGGAUUCGCCAUCCAGACCUGCUUUGUCUCUCCAUACUCGAACCCAGACAAGAUGUCUGAUUACACCAUCAUCGAGAACAUCUGUCCGAAAGAUGAGUCUGUGAAGUUCUACAGCUCCAAGAGAGUGCACUUCCCGAUCCCACAUGCCGAGGUAGACAAGAAACGUUUCAGCUUUGUCUUCAAGUCUGUGUUCAACACUUCCCUGCUCUUCCUCCAGUGCGAGCUGACGCUGUGCACCAGGAAGAAGGGCCCUCAGAAGCUGCCCAAGUGUGUGACUCCUGACGAGGCCUGCACCUCUCUAGAUGCCACCAUGAUCUGGGCCAUGAUGCAGCACAAGAAGACGUUCACCAAGCCCCUGGCUGUGAUCCACCAAGCUGAUUACAGAGAAAAUGUUCCAAACACUAAGGAGUCCAAUCCAGUUCCUCCUCCUCCACAGAUUUUCAUUGGUCUGGACACGCUAACCGUGAUGGGCAUUGCGUUUGCGGCGUUUGUGAUCGGCGCACUCUUGACGGGGGCCUUGUGGUACAUCUAUUCCCACACAGGGGAGACCACAAGAAGGCAGCAAGUCCCCACCUCGCCACCGGCCUCGGAAAACAGCAGCGCGGCCCACAGCAUCGGCAGCACUCAGAGUACCCCAUGCUCUAGCAGCAGUACAGCCUAGCCAGAGCCAGAUGCCGACGGCCACCGCCAGGGCAGGGCCUGGUGCCAGUGCUGCGUGUCCAGACCAGAAGGCUCGAUCUGGGUUCCCCGAAAAGAGAGAGUGAAUUUCAGUGUACAGAUAGCCUGUUGUACCCACCCCUCAUCACGGCCAAUGCAAAUGUGACCCCUGGACAUCUGUCACACACAAAAGCUGUGCUGGUGGCCUUUUCCUCCAGCCCCUCACAGGAUGAGGGUUUCAAUGUGAAACAUGCUAGGGUUUUUGUUUUUUUUUUAAUGCUGCUUUGUCCAGGUGUCCAAACAUCCAUCAUUUGGGGUCAUAUGUUUUACCCAGAGUAAAGGGGAUAGUACAAGGAAGACAGAGGGAGACAUGGCCAAAGAUCCCCUAGCUGAACUAAGAUGUAACAUAGAAGAAAUGUACCCUCCAUAUCCGAUCUACAUCUCUCUCUGGGUGCCCACUUCUGACCUGCCACACCCUGCAUGGUCCCCGUUAAGCUUGCUAGCCUUGGAGGAGCUCCACCCUGCCACUUGUCAAGGCAACAUUCCUUUCUUGGGCCAAAAAAAUGCUGAUUCCUGUUCCUCCGCACGCACGCGCGCGCGCGCACACACACGUCAACUCCAUAAGUGUCUUACGGCCAAAUUUGUUUAUUCUUACAGGCAUACAAAAACAGAAAAUGGCCAAAGUAUGGGCCAGGUUUGUACCUGUUUCUGACAUUUUGUCCUGAUAACGUUUAAACUUCAGGGGGUGGGAUCCACUGGUAAGUGAGGGAAUUUGCAAGGUGCUGUGUGCAUGCGUAUGGGCAUCCAAACACAAGUGUGUGGCAUCUGCAUGUUGGAGAUAUGACCACACCCUCCUGAACAAUGUUCUAUGCUUCCAGAGUCAGAACAUGAGUUAUGUGUGGUAGACCAUCUGGACUCCGAGCACAUGGGCCUUUCUGAUGAACCCUUUUAUAAAAGCCAGCCCCUUCCAGGGGGUAGAUCCUUAGGGAUUGCCUUGGGUCAUCAUGAUGUCACCAGUUCUGCCCUAAGGGGGAGGGAAAAGGAGAAGGGCACUAACUUUAAAAAAGGGUUUCAGGUGAACUUCCAUCAACAGAGGAAUAUGAUGCCACUUUAACAGUCAGCUCUGUGACAGCCCUUUGCUAAAACUGAACCCCGGAGGGGACUCUCCAUGCAGACCCACUGCAAAUUAAAUGAUAGUGUUUUUCCAGAAUUCCUCCAAACUUAAGAUUCCAUAAUUAGAGCGAGCUAGAUUCUAGCCUGAAAUACUCACGAGCAAACUCCACUGCCUUGAAAGGCAGGCAAUUGUGCCUGGGCGUCGUAAAUGAAAACUUCAGUAGAAACACAGCAAAUGAAUGGAGAUGGAUAAUCUCUCAGUCACUGAGCCUUAGUCUAACUGGAUGGAUGGAUGGAUGGUAUGGCUUUUAGCCAAUUGGGAUAAUUUGAACCAAAGCAGAUUCCUUCAGGCUGACAGCUUCAGACUGAUGCGUUGACACAUUGAGAAUAUUUCAGAUUUCCACAUAUGAGUACAAAUGGUAUGAGAUUAGAGAACUACUCCUCUUUACUUCAUUGCUUUGUCACAUGAAGUUGUCAUUGUGGAGGACCUAGAUUAUGCUACCUGUGUUUAAAAGUAAUGCGCUUUGCCUAACCUUCAGCAGAAUGUAAUUGUUAAGUAUAUUCUAUGUAUAAAGAUGUUUAAAGAUGUCUUCAAAGAAGACUAGAGUCUUUAAAACACUUAUAGCUAUAUUUUACUACAAAAAUCUGUAUAAAGAUAUAUUUAAUGUUUUAGAGAAAUUUAAGUUACUCCAUAUGAAAUGUUUAAUUUCAGUUACUGUGAAUUCUUCUAAUCAGUUACUUUAAAAAAAAAAAAACUUUUCCAUCUUGUUAAAAAGAAAAUUAGCUAUAGGAAGGUAUUAAAAAAUUUCAUUUCCUAGAUGGAUGGAGUUAAAUUUGUAAUAUAUUUAAAUGUAUAUUUUUGAGAGAGAUACUACAUUGCCAAUGAUUUUAUAAUCUUAAAUUAACUUACAAAUUUAUAUGUUGCAAAUGAAAAGAUUUUUAGGAGAAAGAAAAGAAAAAAAAUUGCCUUUUAUUUCCUUGGAUGUCAUUAUCAGAAGUAUUACUCAGCUCAAGAAACCCGAUUCCAUUUGGAGAAUGUAUUAAGUAUUUCUGAAGUGUAAGCUGGGGUCUCCUCUUCGGCCUCUUGUUACAGUGUUGCUGACUGCUUCACCCUUCACAGAUUUGAUACAAAGUGCAAGCUUUACUAUUCUGCAAGUUUGCUAAGACUGGCUGAACCCAGUUCCCCCGGCAAAGUCUUGUGUUGUUUCUGGGGAACCACACCACGAUCAGAGGCCACGCUGGACUGCUCGAGUCCAAGGUGACUGUGCAGCGCCCUGUAGCUCUGCAUGUUGUGGUGUUCGCCAGCUGUUAACGCUGCGUUUUCAAAGGUUGGAGUUUUUUUCCUGCCUGAGCUGGUCAUGUAGCAGGUUUUUUUUCCUAAACACAAAAUGGUCUCUUGCUUGUCUGGUAAUGAGAUUGUAAAUCCGUUUCCUGUGUGUGUUCUCGGCAGGCAUGCCUGAGUGUGUGGGGGUGCGCAGGCGUGCGCCUCUUUUUGUACUGUAACUACCUCAUGGUUUGAAUGAUGAGUGUACUGCUGGUUGUAUUAACAGAGCACAUUUUGUCGGAUGAGUCGUGUAUGCAAACUUUUUUUUAAACCUGUUUGUUUUACUCGGGGGUUCAUUCAUAAAGCUGACAGAUAUUUUUCUAGGAAGGACUAUUAUCAGUUUCCAAAUACAAUACUCCUCUAUUCUGGUUUUUCCUGAAUGAGCCUGAAAUUGUUACUGUUUUUCAUCUAUGAGGGUAAGAGCGUACCCUGAAAAUCCCUGUGGCCAGUUUGAACACCCCUGCUGUAACCUUUCCUGUUCUGUGAGUCAGCGUCUUUGUGACCUUGCUUAGAGGUAUAGUUUUGAUAACCACAGUUUUAAUUCUUUUAUCUGUGCAUAAUAAAAAGAUAUAUAUCAAUUAUUAA